AUGACUUUUACUCUGUCUUUUAGGGAGCAACCCAUCUUCAGCACCCGAGCUCAUGUCUUCCAGAUUGACCCAAACACUAAGAAGAACUGGGUUCCCACCAGCAAGCAUGCUGUUACUGUGUCCUACUUCUAUGACAGCACAAGAAAUGUCUAUAGGAUAAUAAGUUUGGAUGGCUCAAAGGCAAUAAUAAAUAGCACUAUCACCCCCAAUAUGACAUUUACUAAAACAUCCCAGAAGUUUGGCCAGUGGGCAGACAGCAGGGCGAAUACAGUCUAUGGCUUGGGAUUUUCAUCUGAACAUCACCUUUCAAAAUUUGCUGAAAAAUUUCAGGAGUUCAAAGAAGCUGCACGACUAGCAAAGGAAAAAUCCCACGAAAAGAUGGAGCUAACAAGUACACCAUCUCAAGAAUCAGCUGGAGGGGAUAUUCAGUCUCCAUUGACACCAGAGAGUAUUAAUGGGACAGAUGAUGAGAGAGCGACGCCGGAAGUGACGCAGAACUCAGAACCAAGGGCUGAACCAACCCAGAACGCAUUGCCAUUUACCCAUAGUGCUGGUGACAGAACGAGAGCACUCUCUCUGUGCAGUUCAACAAUCAGCAAGCACUGGGAGGCAGAACUGGCCACACUCAAGGGUAAUAAUGCUAAGCUCACAGCAGCCCUGCUGGAGUCCACUGCCAAUGUAAAACAAUGGAAACAACAACUUGCCGCGUAUCAGGAGGAAGCAGAACGUCUUCAUAAGCGCGUGACUGAGCUAGAGUGUGUGAGCAGUCAAGCCAAUGCAGUCCACACACACAAAACAGAAUUAAACCAGACAAUACAGGAGUUAGAGUCUACGCUGAAGAAAAAAGAAGAGGAAAUAGAAGGAUUGAAACAAGAGAUCGACAAUGCCAGAGAGCUCCAGGCACAGAGGGAUUCUCUGACUCAGAAGUUACAGGAAGUAGAAAUUCGAAACAAAGACCUGGAAGGCCAGCUGUCUGAUCUAGAGCAACGUCUGGAGAAAAGUCAGAAUGAGCAAGAAGCUUUUCGCAAUAACUUGAAGACACUUUUAGAAAUUCUUGAUGGAAAAAUAUUUGAACUAACAGAGUUACGAGAUAACUUGGCCAAGUUAAUAGAAUGCAGCUAA